GCAUUUCAAAAGUUCCAUCUUCCGGUCCCUGCCUUUGGCAUGAAUGUUUCAAGCAAUUGAAAGAAUGUCAUCCACAUCUACUAUUUGUCUCAUAAGCACAUACAACUAGCCCGCGUUAUCAGGCAUGGAAGAGUCAACACAGCGUCCGUCGCAGCCGUUGCAAAGCCGCCGUACCCUACCACGCGCAUCUCAUGCGUGCCAGCGAUGUCGUGUUAAAAAGGCAAAAUGUGAUCAGCAACAGCCGUGCGCCAAUUGCGUUACGCACUUCCAUCAGUGCACGUAUGGACUUCGAAGAAGGACUGACCGGAACAGGGACAGCAGCCUCCUGAGUCCAGGCCAUAGGAAUACAGAAAAUGGGUCCAUCCUUACUAUUAACCCGAGUUGAUGAAAGUGACUACCGGAGGCGGGGUGAGACUGGAGAACACGCUCACGGCUCAGACCCCACAGGCUUUGCGCCACAGUCUCUACCUGUCACCAACACGGAUGUAGUAGGCAAUUUCAACCAGCACACGCAUGGCACUGAAUUCUAUAGCACCUCAUCCAACUUUGUGCUCCUCAACCAGUUCUUUGCAUAUGCCCAGCGAAACCUCCCUCCCGUACAUGCAAACUCUAUACAGCGCAAAGAAUCGUUAAAUCUAUCCCCUCCUAAUGGUGGGACUAGCCAGCCAGCGUCCUUUCGGGACCAAAACAGCCCAAUGGCAUCUGCUGGGAUUGUUCUAACGCCUAGUCUAACAGAUCGGUCUCCCGUUUCCAUUGUCAACGUCCACUCCAACGAAGAAGCAUUAGAGCCACCGUUGAGACCAAAAUCACCCUUCUAUGCAACGGAGAACCAACAGAAUGUGUCUAGGAGCCCCUCUCUUUCUACGAGUCGGACAGGAGAUGGCAAUCAUUUAGAAGGAAUGCAGAAUCUUGUUCACACGUUAGCUCCUCAACCCACUCCAAAUGGAGAGCAAUCGAUUCAUCCUUGUUCUUCUGAGCAUCUUGCCACAAAAGAACGGACCUCACCUGAAAUUCCACUUCAAUUGGGUAAGAAGAGGCUAGAGCGAGAGUACGUCCGUAUAUUCAUGAGUAACUUACAUCAUAUCCACCCCGUGCUCGAUCCCAUUGCGUUUACAGCACGAUGCGAGGACGUAAUAUGGGUUUUAUAUACACCACCGGAAAGGACCAAGGAUCCUAGGCAUUUCUUUGCCCUGUACAAUAUUGUGGUAGCGGUUGGGGCACUUAUUGCGGACCCCAGUAUAACUCAUAACUUCGAGGAAGAAAUUAGCCUGUGCAUGAAACAACCAACUCAACAUCCAAACACCAACGUCCUUCCAUCUAGCCGGGCACUUUCGAAAGAAUAUUUCCGAAAGUCCAGGGCUUUACUCGGAGAUGUUUUCGAGGCUUGUUCAUUAGUAAGUGCCCAAACGCUUCUCCUCAUAUCGCUUUACUGUCAAAACUCUCUAAACUCACAUGUUUGCUACAUGUACUGUGGUUACGCUGUCCGCACUGCUCUUGCCAUAGGAAUUGCGAGAGAGUCGAUGUCGAAUUCAAUUGAAGACCGCAAAGCCGCACGACGAAUCUUUUGGUGCAUCUACUCUCACGAGAUAGAGAUGAGCUGUAGUGCAGGCCGCCGAGACAGUCUUGGAAAGCCUCGAAACUAUCAAAUUGAAUUGCCUCGCAUUCAAGCCGAAAUUUCCAAUGUGCCUAAGAGAUCCGAACUGGAGCACUGCAGCUUCGCCAUGAUUAACGAGAUGGUCCAUUUAGCUGCCAUUUUGCGACGAAUCUCAAAAGAAUUGUAUCACGACUCAAAGGGUCUCACUUUGCUGCAAAAGUCGACAGUUGCAAAGGAGCUUGAUACUCUGCUUGACGACUGGAAGACUCGGCUACCAGAGUAUCUCGAUUUCAGCCAAGUAUCUUUUCGUGAAGCAGAGUGGGUGGCGAAGCAGAAACUCGUUUUACACCUGAGAUACUUGAAUGCGAGGAUUGUUCUGCAUCGACUCUUCUUAGGGGCACCAAUGAGCACAACGCCGUCACAACUCUCACGACACGUCGGCUCGUGUCUUGAUGCGGCCCGCGAUACAAUACGCAUCAUGUAUGAUGCGUAUACUAACCGACACUACUUUCGCACUUGGUGGUACAAUUCCACAUAUACUUUGUAUGCUGGCAUGGUUGUUCUCUACAUCAUCAUGCUUGGCCAUACUACCGUGCCCAGCAACGAACUGCUCAAGGACGUCAUGAAAGCACAUGACAUUUUGCAAUCAAUGGACGAGGCUAUCGUAGCUCGACGAAGUGCAAAUUUAAUACGAGAAGGAUUGGAGGUGGAGCAGGUUUGUGUUCAGAACCAGCAGAGGCAAUCUGCACAACCUGAAGGAAACAAUGCAGAGCAAGAGUAUGACGGAGCACAAGGUCAACUACCCUUGGGUAAUAUGACGAAACAUCUUGAAAACGAUUUCUCUGCGGCUUUAUUCUCUCACGCUGUUCCUAGGCAAGACCCUGCCUUGUUGGCCUCCAUCAUAGAUCCUAACUUGCUGCAAGACUUUACAGCAGCAGACAAAAACAUAUCGGGUUUGGAAUUUUUAACGUUUCAAGUCGAUGGAUUAUAUCCCGAAGGGCCAGAUAUCGAUCUGUCAUCAAUAAUGCUAUAAAGAAAGUUUAAAGUGCUAAAGAAGUGCAAGGUAGCCGCAAAUUUGUACUAUAUGACCGGUACUAGAUCGACUAUUGAUGUAUUUGUUGUUGGGCAAUAUAUAUACACUAUUUUAGUCUACAUCAGGGACAGGCAGAUCGUCAAUAAAUCUGAUUUUGCG